AUGUUGAAAACUGAAGCGGAAAAGCAUCGCAAUGAACGCGAGAAACUAAAACGCAAAUCGGCGGCUGGCAGGAGUGAUCUCGACAUCGUCGCUUCCUUCAGCCAUAAUCGUCUUAUUGAUGCGACCAAGGCCAGCUUCCAGGAGCAUCGCUCGCUUGACGGACGCCGUGGAGAGCCUGUUUACACUAUCAAGACCGAUAUUUGUGAAAAUGUGGUUGAAAUCGGUAAGGAAGUGUCUAGCAUUGACGAAGGCUACGACUAUGCUGUCGCUAUCGUUGAUCGCGAGACUGGAACAACAACAUACCGUCCAGUUCGUUUGUACAACUUCCAGGCGACCUACUCCUCAGACAUUCCGCAACUAAUUGGAGAGAAGAGAAGUGCUCCCGUGGACUAUAGCGCGUCCUACGAUAUCAAGACUGAGGAAUGGGCAAAGAAACGCAUGGAUUUGACUGCUGAUUUCGGUUCUUCGAAGAAGAUGAAGAUUCAGGAGGCGUCCAUCCGAAGACAGAUUAACACAGAGACCCUGGAUGCUAUGCGUAAGACAGCUUUUGCGUCAACAAGUGUUCUUGCGGAUACUGAAGACAUCAAGCAGGAACAGAUUAGCUUGGUGGCCAAGGCAGAGUCGGCUAUUCUUCCUCACGCUCAGCCUGCAGAGCUGCCACGUAACAUUUAUCCCAUUUCAACGUUUAUAACUGCGGAAGAGCAGGAGCUGUUGAGUGCCUCUGCAGUCGAGUUCCUCUCUUCGUCAAAAAAAGAACUUCUUGAAAAAGGUGCUGUCCCGAAGGUGGUUGUGAAGAUGCUACCCAGCUCAGUGACUAGUGACGCUCCAAGGGCUGUUGCAUUUACGUUAUUGGGUUGCAUGACCUACAUGGCUGCCUUAUUCGCACAGAGAUCUGUUCUGAAAACUGAGUUUGACAAAACUCCUUUCCCUUCAGAGUUUGUUCAGAAAAUCAUGGCAGAUUUUAUAAGUGCGCAGUGGGAUAGAGGACCUAAUGGCCGCACGGCAGCUCGACUAGCUGUGUCUACGGAUGAGAAAGACAAGCUAAUAGCCCAUUUGCUGGCACUUGGUCUCACUCUCAGUCAGUUUUGUUUCAAUAAGCUAAUGCACGACACUUAA